AUGGCCAUGCUCCUCAACCUCAAGACUUGGUACCAGCUCUUUGUGGACAAUUUCCUCACCAUGGUGUCGGUGGCAUUUGUAGCUGCCGCGCUCCGGCGGGCAUGGCCAGUCAGCAUCGACGAUCUCGCCGGCAGCCUACGUGCCGUGCCGCCGGUCCGCAUCCUCACGGCGGUCAUCCUGACUGCUGGCGUGGCACAGCCAUGGUCGACCCGGAGAGCGUCAGCUUCUCAAUCCGGCUGCUUGACCGCGGACCGUAGCCUUGACGCGGCCCGGGAGGAGACCCAGGAUGUCAUCUUCUCCGCCGUGGACGAGGUGUUCGCUAGGACGAGCGUGAGGCCCGAGGAGAUCGACGUGCUCAUUGUCAACUGCAGCAUCUUCACGCCCACGCCGGUGUUCGUCGACAUGGUCGUCAACAGGUACAAGCUGCGUCCGGACGUGCAGAGCCUGAACCUGUCCGGGAUGGGCUGCGGCGCGGGGCUCGUCAACAUCGGCCUGGCCAGGCACCUCCUCCAGGUGGCGCCGCCGGGCACGCACGUCCUGACCGUGUCCACGGAGAUCCUCUCGUCGCAGUACUACAUCGGCAGCGAGCGCGCGAUGCUGCUACCCAACUGCCUCUUCCGCAUGGGCGCCGCCGCCACGAUCCUCUCCAACUUGCCCGAGCGCGCGCGGUUCAGGCUCGGCCGCAUCGUCCGCAGGAUGACCGCCGCACGGGACGCCGACUACCACUGCAUAUUCCAGGAGGAAGACGGCAAGGGCAUCCUCGGCGUCCGUCUCUCCAAGGACCUCACCACCACCGCCGGCCAGGCGCUCAAGAGGAACAUCAUGGCCUUCGGCCCCCUCGUCCUGCCGGUCUCGGAGCAGCUCCUGGUGGCGCUGUCGCUUCUCAAGCGGAAGCUCCUCAGCUGCUGGGGCGCCAAGGUGAGGCUGUACCGCCUGGACUUCCACACGGCGUUCGAGCACUUCUGCAUCCACGCCGGCGGGCGUGGGGUCAUCGACGAGGUGCAGCGCGGCCUCGGCCUCUCCGACGAGAACGUGGAGGCCUCGCGGAUGACGCUACACCGGUUCGGGAACACGUCGAGAAGUUCGGUGCUGUACGAGCUGGCCUACAUCGAGGCCAAGGGCUGCAUGAGGAAGGGAGACCACGUGUGGAUGAUAUCCUUCGGCUCCGGCUUCAAUUGCAGCAGCGUCGCGUGGGAGUGCCUCAAGGCCGCCAUCGACUCCGACGGGCCGUGGGCCGACUGCAUCCACCGCUACCCAGUGCAGCUCCCUGAAGUCGCCCUGCAGGACAUCUGA